AUGUCGAAGAAUUCAAAAGGGUUUUGUUCUGCAUGCCUUCGGGACCAAUUGAGAUGCAAUAGAGGUAAACCUAAAUGUGACAAGUGUAACGAGAGAGGAACCAAAUGUAGUUACUCGUUUAAAUUAAAGUGGGGUGGUAGACAGUACAAAGACAUGAAUAGAUCUGCUGGAAUACCGAAUACAAAAUUUUAUAAAGGCGCACUUUUGGUAAAAAACAAACGUCUAAUAGCAGGUAAGAGUACUCAAAAGGUUAGACAAUUUUUACCAUUUGGUCAAGAGGAAAGUAAGCUAUCAGCAUUUUUCGACGAGGGGUAUAAAUACACUGAAGAACAACCACAACUACGGCAACAACAACAACCGGAAGAAGCCCCCAUCGUUGAUAACAAGACACUAAUACCACCGGCAUCACUAUGCGAAGAAGUUAUCCCACUAUUGCAAACGGUUCCCACGUACGUCGCGCCAGGGUUGGUAGGUUUAGAAUUUGACGAUAGUUCUUGGGAAUUCUCUACGUUUUUCAACCUAUUCAUUAAUGAAACUUCUAGAUUUUUUGUUGCGUUUCAUUCCCAAGCUUUCCCCAAUCCCUUUCACACCGUUUUACCACAGAUGGCACUGAGUUGUCCGACACUGAUGAAGUUAAUCAUUGCAUUUGGUGCCAAACAUAGAAGAAUGAUUGCAAUGGUCGAUGAAGGGGCUAACUAUCCCUCUUUGGAAGAAAAUGGAUGUACUUCAGUUGAUUUCGGGUAUAUGGGGGAAAAUUUACUGAACCAGGCUUUAAAUGAACUUGUAAAAAAAUUACAGAACUCUGGAGGCAGAGCUGAUGAUUCUACUAUGGCGAUUAUUCUUUUACUUUCAAGCCUUGGAAUAUUUUUCAAUGAUGAUAGAGUUAAUUGGAGAACUCACUAUAACGGUGCUAAAAGAAUUGUAUUCAACGAGCUGGAGAUCGAUCAGAAAUCUGAAGAACCCAUAAUAUACUAUCAAAAGGAUUCACCACCACAUUUCUUUGUAAUGAGAUGGUUUAUCUAUCUUGAUGUUGUGGGCCCGCUGUCAUCUGGUUUCUUCCAUUCCAGAUCAGAAGAAGUGCCAAGACCACACUUUAACUUCAAUUUGUUUUAUGGCGAGAAGUUCGACAAAAGUUCCAUCGAAUCAUUAGAGGAUAUAUGCCCGCUGAAUGGAAUGGACAUGAAAUUACUAUCUUAUUUGACUCGGGUCUCUCAAUUGAUAUUGAAAAAAAAAGCAGUUUCAGUUGAUCAAAAUGAUCAUUUCGAAACGGUUGGUAAGGCAAUUUGUCUGGAUUACAAGAUUUCGAAUCAUCUUCGGGAAAGUGAAGCAGAAAGAGAUUUAGUAGUAAAAAGGUUAAAGACUUUAUCAGAUCCUUCAAUGGAGAAACGUUUGGAACGUUAUGACAUUAUAAGAAGCACAAAUCUACUCUUUGGUUUAACUGGUAUCUUACAACUACGACGCAGAAUAGUUGAAAUGUCACAAGCCAGCGAGUUGGUUACCCAAUUAGUUCAAAAAAUUACUGAUCUUAUUCGCGAGAAGAUUACCGUAAAUUCUCCUUCCCUUUCUUGCUUGUCUUUCUGCUUUUUCACCGUCGGAUGUGAAUUGGUUGAUGAGUCCAUGUCUAUUCAUCGUAGUGUUUAUCGUGAUCGACUCAUGUCAUUAUGGAAGAGAGGUGUUCCGAGCGUUCUUCAAGCAGUUAAUGUCAUGGAGGAAUGUUGGCGUCUAAAAAAACCUUGGUGGGUCAUUCUUGAAGAAAAGAACUUAGACAUAUGCCUUGCAUUUUGA